CCAGUUUGAAAUUUUUUCGCACGCUGUACACAAGUGUUUCUCGAUCGUCUCCGGUGGUGUUAAGAACAGUGAAGUGAUCAAAUAUAUAAAUCAUCACUACCAUAGAAUAUUGACUUUGGGUGACCAACAUCAUCUUUUUUAGCUUUCCUGGAAAAUCUUUUGCUGCUAUUUAGAUAUUCAUGCUUUUCUAAAGUAUGUUGUAAAUUAUCUCGAAAUAGAAGGCUGUUUAAUCAUGUGAAUUUCUGGAAUUGCCAAAAUGAACUGCGAUGAUGGAUUAUUAAACUAGUUUUUAAUUACGAUCUAGGCUAAUAGGCUCCUCUAAUUUCAUACACACCUUUCCCAAUAGAAAUAACAAGAAGGACAAAAGGUCACCAACAGUUCUACACAAAUGAAGCUGAUACCUUUAUUAAUAUUAUUCGAAAUCAGCCUCAUUAUGGCAUCCGACACAGACUGGCGUCGCAAAAUUCUUGUCACAAAUAAGGAAACUCCUGAGGAAGGUUUGAAAAUCUUGAGAGAGAAGUGCGACUUAAUAUUCCCGGAAAGUGUCCCCGCAACUAGAGAUGAAAUCCUGAAGCUCAUCCCUGGCGUAGACGGAAUCCUGUGGGUUGGCCAUUACGCACUGAAUGGUGAGGUUCUAGACCUCGGGAUGCCUACACUAAAAUCAAUCUCGACUAUGUCAGCGGGUAUGGAUUAUGUGGAUAUUGCCGAGUUUAAACGACGAAAUUUCCCACUUGGAUAUACACCUUCAGUAUUAAGUGAUGCCGUAGCUGACGAAGCAAUUGGCUUGAUGAUCGCCGCCGGUAGACGUUUCCACGAGGGGAGACUGAAAAUUGAAAAUUCAGAAUGGGCCGGUGGUCCGCAAUGGAUGCUGGGACAGGAUAUCAAAGCAAAAACUAUUGGAAUAAUUGGACUCGGUCAGAUCGGUCAGACUAUUGCUAAACGAUUGAAGGGUUUUGAUGUAAGGAGGAUAUUAUACAGCGGUCGCAAACCCAAGCCUGAAGGAGAUAAACUUGGAGCAAAAUUUGUACCUCAAACAGAGCUCUUAAAGGGAAGUGACUAUGUAUUUCUAUCUGUUCCAUUGAACAACAGCACUCGUCAUAUGAUAAACGCGACCACACUAAGGGAGAUGAAGCGGACUGCGGUCCUCAUUAAUGUUGCCCGAGGAGAGAUUGUAGAUCAGGAAGCGUUAGUGGCUGCCCUAAAGGAUGGUACAAUUUUUGCCGCAGGACUUGACGUAAUGACUCCGGAACCACUUCCAGCGGACAGUGAACUAUUGAAGCUUCCCAAUUCAGUUAUCGUCUCCCAUUUGGGAUCUGCUACAAGGCGAACUCGCGAUGAUAUGGCUGUAUUGGCUGCCUUGAAUGUAUUGGCUGGGAUUGAUGGGUCACCCAUGUUCGCACCUUACCCAUAUUGAUUUUCGAACUAAUGAAUAACUAAUACACGUAUUUGAAACUUCGUGACAUAUGAUAAAAAGAAAUGAUUGAAUUUCAUCCAA